AUGGCGCUGGCGACGCGUUACCAAUAUCGCACGGUUUUUUUUCGUCGACCGGGAACGAUCGCUUUCGACGACAUGCUUGGCGCACUUGUGUUGGCAGUGUCUGAGCACACCCCCCUGGCGCCCUGGCGGCUCCAGGUGCUGGGGAUUUUGGGCAGCAUGUCGCUUGCGUGCUGGAUCGUCCUCCUUGUACCGCAGCUUAUCGAGCAAUGGCGGCUCAAGCUGGCGGACGGGAUCGCGAUUGGCUUCAUCAGCAUCUGGACCACGGGAGAUGUAUUCAACUUGAUCGGGGCAGUAUGGGCUCAUUUGCUUCCCGAAGUCAUUUUCCUUGCCGUGUGGUUCUGUAUCGCCGACACGUUGAUGGUUGCCCUGUGGGUGUACUACACCUACAUAUACCCCAAACACCACCCUCGCUCUCAUUUACGGCUGGGAUCGAGCGAGCUGGAGCCGUUGAUCCAGGGCACCCGUCCUCGGAGACGGUCGCUGACGCUUACCGACAUCGCCAUCGAUCCGCAAGCCCACUCCAUUUUCACCAAGUAUAUCGUGCCAAUUCUUUUCGUGAUGGGCGCCGGGGUAUUUGGCUACUACAUGAGCAACGACGCUGAUCCUGGCGUCACCGACCCCGCUCCUAUCAGCGUGGGGCCCCAGGUUAUGGGGUACAUCCUGGCCAUUCUCUAUUUGGGUGCUCGCAUUCCCCAAAUAAUUCAGAAUCACCGGCGCCGCUCGGUGCAGGGUUUACUGUUACUUUUCUUCCUUUUAUCGACGUUGGGGAAUCUUACUUAUGCGGGCCAAAUCUUGUUUUAUCGCAGUGACGCCCAGUACGUGUGGUUGAACAUGCCAUGGUUGCUAGGGCUGUUGGGAACGAUCUUUGAGGACUCAAUCAUUUUCGCCCAGUUCUACAUAUAUCGCCCCCAUAGCAGCCCCACUGCCAUCGAGGAUUAG